AUGUUUGGUCUACCACAACAAGAAGUCUCUGAAGAAGAGAAGAAGCAACACCAAGAACAAUCUAACCAAACAGUGAGAAACGCUGUAAUUGCUUCUGCUGUGCUAUGGGUUUCUCCUAUCGUUUGGAAUUUUGUUAAGAAGCAAUGGAAAUAA